GAAUCCCUCCCAGGCUCCUCCCACUCGUGCUGGCCGCACACGCGUGCGUAUAUAAACGCCCCUGAAACACCUCUCUGUCCAGCACGAGCCAGAAAAGCGCGAGAAAAGCCAAGCCCCGCAGCAGAGGGAGAGAGAGAGAGACACACAGACAGAGGGAGAAAGGGAGAGAGAGACACACAGACAGAGGGAGAAAGGGAGAGAGAGACACAGACAGAGGGAGAGAGACACACACAGAGUGAGAGUGAGAGAGACACAGAGGGAGAGGGGGGGAUAGAGGGACCGAGAGAGAGAUAUAUAGAGAGAUAGAGAGAGGGGGACAGAGGAGAGCAGACGCGCGCUCCGAACUCCCUGUCCGGCUCUCUUCGGCUCCGCGCAGCAGACGGAGGAGGGAAGCGGAGCGGCGCAGGACAUCUCGCGCGCGCGCGUGCGUGACGGAGUGGUGCGCUGCGCUCCUGGUCCAGAGCGAGCGGAGAGCGCGAGACUGAGACUUCAGCUUUACGGCCCGCAGCGAUGCAGCUGGAGAGUCUGGUGGCUGCAGGGGCGGGUGGGGGUCCCGUGCCCCUUCCGCUGCCCCUGCCCAAGCCUUUCUACCCGCCGCUCUCCUCCUCGGACAGCGCGGCGUCCGCCUCGGCCAGUCCAGACGAGCCGGACACCGGCAAGAAGUACGGCGGCAGCGGCGGCGGCGGGGCCACAGACGGCGAUCAGGGCGCGAGGAGCCCCCCUCCAUCCAGCAGCACCACCGGCGGCAGCGGCGCAGGCAGCUCCGGCGCGGCGGCGGCGGCGCGCGAGCAGGGCCCAGAGCAGGACGCGGGGCAUGACGUGCUACCCAUAAGGCGCUACGGCGCGGAAGAGCUGCUGUACUUCGGCGCGCAGGAUCCGGUCAGCUGCUCGCUCUUCCCCUACGGCGGCGGAGGCGCGCAGGGGGUCGCUGGGGCCGCCGGUGGCGCGUGCUACGGCGGCUCGAGCGCGCCGUCCCGUUACUCCUCGUCCUCCUCGUCGUCGUCGUCCUCCUCCACGUCAUCGUCCUCGCUCCACUACGGCCCCGUGCCUCUGCCCCCUCACGCGGUGUCCGGCUUCCCAUCGUCCGUGUGCGCGAGCCGAGGCCAGUUCCCGCCGCCGCACGCCGCCGCCGCGGCCGCCGCGGCCGCCGGCUACCAGUUCGCGCACGCGCAGGGUCCCGCGUGCCUGUACCCGUCCUACCCCGGGGCUCAGCGGGCGCAGGUGUACCUCUGCAACAGGCCGCUGUGGCUGAAGUUCCACCGCCACCAGACCGAGAUGAUCAUCACCAAGCAGGGCAGGCGCAUGUUUCCCUUCCUGAGCUUCAACAUCACCGGCCUGAGCCUGACGGCGCACUAUAACGUCUUCGUGGAGGUCGUGCUCGCGGACCCCAACCACUGGCGCUUCCAGGGGGGCAAAUGGGUGACCUGCGGCAAGGCGGACAACAACAUGCAGGGGAACAAAAUGUAUGUCCACCCUGAAUCUCCGAACACGGGGGCUCACUGGAUGAGGCAGGAGAUCUCCUUCAGCAAGCUGAAGCUGACCAACAACAAAGGAGCGAACAACAACAACACCCAGAUGAUCGUCCUGCAGUCCCUCCAUAAGUACCAGCCCAGGCUGCACAUUGUGGAGGUCAGCGAGGAUGGCGUGGAGGACAUGAGCACUGAAGCUAAAACUCAAACCUUCACCUUCCCAGAAAACCAGUUCAUUGCGGUCACCGCUUACCAGAACACAGAUAUCACACAGUUGAAGAUUGACCACAACCCCUUCGCCAAAGGCUUCAGAGAUAACUACGACUCGAUGUACACGGCUCCUGAGAGUGACCGACUGACCCCGUCCCCCACCGACUCCCCCCGUUCCCACCAGAUCGUUCCAGGUGCUCGCUACGCCAUGCAGCCGUUCUUCCAGGACCAGUUUGUCAACAACCUGCCACAGAACCACCGCCUGUACGGGGGUGAGCGGGCCGUCCCCCAGACCAACGGCCUCCUCUCCCCGCAGACCGAUGACUCUGCUGCCUCUUCUGCUGCAGGCCGCUGGUUCGUCCAGCAGGGUGGCGCUUCAGCCAAGCUUGACCUGACCUAUGACACCGACUACUCUGCUUCCAGCCUGCUGCCUUACGGAAUCAAACCCCUGCCUCUCCAAAGCCCCCACGCCCUGGGCUACUACCCAGACUCCUUCGCUUCCAUGGCGGCGGCCGGAUGGGGCACCAGCCGGAGCUCCAGUUACCAACGGAAGAUGACCACUGGCCUGCCCUGGUCUCCCAGGCCCAGCCCACCGGCCUUUGCGGACGACCCGCUGGCGGUGAAAGAUAAGCUGCAGGAUGAGGGGUCUGCGGGCACCAGUGCAGCGUGGGGGCUCGAGACGACUCCAGGGCUGAAGCCUGUGGACUCGAGCGACUACGCCAUGGUGUGCAAAAGACGCCGCCUGUCGCCCGGAGGGUCCAGCACGGACGCAUCUCCAACUAUAAAGUGCGAGGACCUGAGUGCUGAGGAAUACAGCAAAGAGCAUCCUAAAGGCCUGGGUUACUACGCCUUCUACACCAGCCCUUAAACUAAAUGCCAUCCUGAUGCAUUAAUACUCUCUCUCUCUCUUUCUGUCUCUCUCUCUCUCUCUCUCUCUCUCUCUCUCUCUCUCUCUCUCUCUCUCUGUUAUUUUAGAGUGCUUUGCCCAGAUUUACAUUUACUUUUAUCUUUUAUUUUUUAAGUAUCUUUUCAAUCGCAGGUGCCAAAGCUGUGUGCUCCUACUUGGUGUUGAUGAUUCAGUUCUGUGAAAGAUGGGAGAGGUUUUUUUUUCUUUCUUUUUUUUUGGGA